AUGAGAACACCCUACAGCUCUGCGAGCCACACUUACAAGCGCGCCUGGUAUGGAAGCCGUGGCUGGCGUGAGGCCAGACGGGUCCGAGCCGAGUUCUCCAACGAUCGUGAGGCCUAUUGGAACGCCUACCGUCCUAGUGCUAAGGAGCUCGACGUCAUUCUAUCCGAGAGCAUGAAGGCCUUUAGAGUACUGCGGGCCAGCCUGAUACAGCAAGCUCUGGAAACCUUGUUGUCAGCUUUGGCAAGUGGAGAUUGCCCGCCCGAGAACUACAAGUUUGUCGCCAUCGACUUCGAAGGCACCAUGGGAGACGGAGGUGUGAAGGAGGUCGGGCUUGCAGCUUUCGAUCCAAAGCACCUGUUCGAGAGGAGGUCGCCGUCGGCGACAAAUCUUGCCGUUGAGGGGCAGCACUACGCAUUCAGCAGGAACCGCAGCCGGGGGUUUCUGUUCGGCGAAACUGUUAGGACUACCACAAACGCACUGCCACGAGUUGUCCAGGAGUACUUCGAUUCUCAUCUCAACGACGAUUCCGGCGGUGUGAUCCUCGUCGGUCACAGCUUGGGAGCGGAUACACUGCAGAUGGACAACUACGGCGUACCAGUCGAGUCAUUACCCGCCAUCGUUGGCACAGUCGAUACUACCUAG